AUGGGGACACGUCACGGGAAGGUGGCACAGGGUGGCACCCAGGUGACACUGGCUCCCUCGGGGGAUUUCUCAAGAGUCCUCGGGAGGAGGAACGCAAAGAGCUUUUCUUCCUCUGAGCCACAGCGGCUUCCCGGGAAACGCCGGGACUUCAAGGAAAAGCCUGGCACGGCCGGGGUUUGCUGGAGGAAGGCUGGAGCUGCGCGUCGUGGCACCGGGAACGCGGAGCCUGGCACGGAGCGAUGGCUGAGGGCGGCUGGGCUGGGGUCCCUGGCUGCCCCUGACAGCACCCAGGAUACAGCCGGCCCCGCGGGGGCUGUGGGGAGCGAGGGGCUGGUGGCCACCCUGAGCCCGGGCAGCGUGGAGGACCUGUACGAGCUGCUGGAGAAGCUGGGCAGCGGGCACUUCGGCGUGGUGAAGCGAUGCCAGGAGCGCAGCACCGGCACCUUCUACGCCGCCAAAUUUGUGAAGACGCAGCGAUGCCGGGGCAGCCGCCGGGGGCUGGAGCGGGCGCAGGUGGAGCGGGAGGUCACCAUCCUCCGCCAGCUCGACCACCCCAACAUCAUGCGGCUCCACGACCUCUUCGCCAGCAGAGCUGAGGUGGUGCUCAUCCUGGAGCUGAUCCGUGGCGGGGAGCUCUUUGACUUCAUCGCGGAGAAGGAGAUGCUGUCGGAGGAGGAAGCCAUCGAGUUCCUGGGACAGAUCCUGCGCGGGGUGGAGUACCUGCACAGCCACCGCAUUGCCCACUUUGACCUCAAGCCGGAGAACAUCAUGCUGCAGGAGAAGGACGACCCCAAGCCCCAGAUCAAGAUCAUCGACUUCGGGCUGGCCCAGCGCCUGGAAGACGGUGUCACCUUCAAGAGCCUCUGCGGGACCCCGCAGUACAUCGCUCCUGAAGUGAUCAACUACGAACCGCUGAGCUCCGCGACCGACAUGUGGAGCAUCGGGGUCAUCACCUACAUCCUGCUCAGCGGCUUGUCCCCCUUCCAGGGUGAGACGGACGCUGAGACCCUCUCCAACGUCGUGGCUGGUGCCUACGAGUUCGAGGAGCGCUGCUUCAGCCAGACCUCCGAGAUGGCCAAGGACUUCAUCCGGCAGCUGCUGGUGAAGGAGCCAGAGCACCGCAUGACGGCCACCGAGUGCCUGGUCCACCCCUGGAUCAAGCCCCUCAGCAGGAAGCAGGCGGUGAACCGGAGUCGUUCCUCCAUCAACAUGAAAAACUUCCGCAAGUUCAACGCUCGGAGGAAGUGGAAGCUCUCCUACAACAUGGUGUCUGCCUGCAACCGGCUGUGCCGCACGCGGCUGCUCUGCGGCCUGAGGAAGGAGGAUGAGGAGCUGCGCUGCUGCGAGAGUGACCAGGAGGAGAAGGACAGCCACCCUGUCACGCUGCUGCGCCGACGGAGAAGCAGCUGCUCCUGAGCCCCCCCAAAAGGAGACAGGACCCCCCCCCCCAACAAGAAGAGCCCUGGGGAUCCCCCUAUCUCCCCCAUCCCAGGGGGCAGGAACACUGUCUGGCCCCAGUGCUCCCAGUUCCAUGAUGCUGGACGGUGACUGGGGCUGCAGCCCCCCUCCUCCUGCUCCCCAGGUUUCUGCUACAGUGGGGAAGGGGGCUGCCUCACAGCUGGGACCCUCGCCCACGCUCACCCCUUGUGCGAGAAAUAAACGUCUCCCUCUCAUCCA